UUGUGGUAUGUUGUGUAUUGUUGUUAUUUAGAUGUACUUCGUUAAUAAUACAUAAAUUAUUUAUCGCUUUUACGAUUAUUAAUAAUUUCAGUCGUUCGUUAUGAUGGGUUAUUACAGUGUUCAAACUAAUGGCGAGGUUUUUACAUUCGCGUCGUCGCUGUAAACGGUGAUAAGGCGUGAGAAUGUUCGGUCUUUGUGCACCAAAAACCGGCAACGAAAAAGUCUGCAGUACCAGAAAUUGGUGCAGUGAUUGUACAAUACGAGUACUUUAAUUAGACGUGUUUGCGUUUUCGUGUGUGUUGUGUUUUGCGACAUUUCGACCUUAUUUAUUGCCAGGCGGCGGCGGCUUUUAUAGCGAAUUGAUUGUGUUACGCUUGAAUGAAAUCUGUAGAAUCACGCGGAUGCUGUGUUACCAUCGACUACCCUUGGCUAAAAUACCCGUACAAUUCACCGAGUCUCGUAAUUGCAUCGUAGAGAUGUACCGCUGGUUCGUAUCAUCAAACUCGAGGCGGAAAACCGAUCAAUCGCCUUCGCCUCUGCGCUGCGUUCACCUAUCGUUAAGAUGACUUCUGUGACACCGACGUCCGACUCAGCUUCUCCAACAACGCCCGAUGUUGACUGCCCUGGCAUUCGUCCAUCGGCACCGGCGACGGCGACGUCUCCAGUGCCAUUGCUGGGUACAUCUCGAUCAUCAUCAAUCGUACCAGGUACACAAGAGUACGCGGACUGCGGCAGCGGCGAGGGUAGCAGUGGUGCACCCUUAGGAUACGAGCCAGAGGGACAAGAUGCCUUCGCUAGUUACACGGAUCAUCGCGAUUACCAACGUCAACCGCAAUCUUACUCUCAUCCGCACUCUUACUCUCAAUCGCAAUCGCAAAGAGUAUCGAAAAAUUGCUUGAAAUGGGCGGAGAGCCUUCACGCGCUGCUCAACGAUGCCGAAGGUCUGAACCUAUUUCAGAGGUUUUUGCAGCAAGAAGACCCGGACAGGUUUCAAAUGCUCGAAUUUUGGCUCGCUUGUAAAGGAUUGUCGAAGCAGCCGCCGGUGCAGGCUCAUCAGUUGGUGCGAGUCAUAUAUGCGCAGUUAUUUUUGAAAGCGCAGUUAGGAAUCGACGAACAUCUACGCAAGUCGAUAACGCAACAAAUCAAAAACGAUACCAAUAAUAAAAAACUGCUUUCGCCGACCAUAUUCAACGAAGCUUGCGCCGUUGUCGAGCGAGCUAUGAACGAAAUCAUGCAUCCGAAUUUUCUUGCCUCAGAUAUUUACCUGAAUUACGUACAGAAAUUGCAAAACGAAAUGUGCGAUAUUGGCCUGGCCAGAAGCUGUCGAGGGUCGCAAAAUUUGCAGCGCGAAGCUCCGGCCAUACUCCCCGAAGAACAAGACUACGACAACGACUUCGACGACCCCGUCCGAAUACCUGCAACGAGUCAGCAAAUGUCGCUGCCGAUUCUCCACGAAGACAAGGAACUAACGUUCUCCAGCAGCGGUGGUGGAGUACCAUCGUUGAGACGACGUAGUGCCAAACCGAUGUCUUUCUCGUCUUCUUCGUCUUCUUGUUCGUUGUCGUCGUCGUCUUCUUCGUUACUGCCAAUGGAUUCGUUACCGACAAAAUUUUUACGCCAGUUUGGUAGCGUUAGUCGUUCGAAUCCGUCCCGUCGCUUGUAUAACUAUUCUUACAAUCCGGUCUCUAGACAAGAUAGCGAGUUGCAGAGUUUGAGUUCCGACGCUCGUACCGAUUCCAUGUCCGAUUUAUCAUUGGACGAAAAAGCGUCUACGAAAGAAACGUACGCGCACAAGAGACAGCUUCAACGACAGUUACGUUCGAUGAGAGAAAAUGCCAAUUUGAAUAAAAAUUCCGAUCUCGUUUUUAAUCUCGUUCCUCGUACUUCCAAUCCUCACGCUAGAGAAUGUGCUAAGCCACUGCCACCCGAAGAGUUUGCCAGAAAUUUGAUUUUCAAACUGGAAAAGUUGAAAAAAGAAAGAGACGCGGAGGAGAUCGUCGUUCGUAAACUGAACACGGUCGAAGAUUUGCAGAAGGAAGGUGCUGUAGGGAUCGGCUCUUCAUCUCAAAACGUCCUGCCUGAGGCGAUGCUCUUCCAAAGAUACGACGACGAAAGUCAAGAAAUUUUAGAUAAUCAUUUCGCUCGAGUUUGGAGCGAUAAAACGCCGAGAAGAUCUCCUAGUCAGGUUGCUACGCCAAUUCGGCCGAAAUCUCCGCCGAAAGGUUGGCCGACUCAUAUGCCAGCGGCUGCGACGACGGUGCCGACGUCAGUACCGUUACAGGCGCGUCUUCCUCACUCUUACGUAACCAACACUGCCAAAAGAAAGGAUAAAGACGUGUGUUCGUUAUUUUCGUCCGACUCCGGUAACGGUACCGAUCCGGCUGAGGGUGUCGAGCAUCGCCAUCGUGGUGGCGGCGGCGGCUGUGGCAGCAGCAGCGGCGGAAGCUGCGCUAAUUUAGUCAAGAGUAAAUCGAUGCCGGAGCAAAAUGAGCCGUAUAAUAUGGAAUAUCUUCCGGGUUAUUAUCCACGUGGUGCUGCCGGUAAAACCUGGUCUAGCAGUCGAAGAACUCUCACCGAUAGCGGCGUCAGCGUGAUUUCCGCCGGUCGCGGCGAAAAUAUCCCGCCGCAAUCGCCUCAGUAUAAAGAAAAGCUGGUUUCAUCGUGGUUAUUGGACAGUAAUAACAGAAUUUGCGCCAGUCAGGCAGCAGGAGCGGCGAGUGCACCGUUGGUAUCUGGUAGCGGUGCAACUUGUUCUGUGAUCGGCGAAGAAGCUAAGCAUAAGUCUAGAUCGAGUAUGGCCGGUUACGCGCCGCACGGUUGGUCAUCUCGGAGUAAAAUGGGCAGCUGCAUGUCUGACAGAGGCAAUGGAAACGGCGGCGCUGGCGUUAGCGGUAGUUCAGCUAGCUCGACCGGCGUUAGAAAUGUGUUACCGGGCCAACCAUUCGUCGCCGAUCCGUCAAUGCCACCGUUUCCUUUUCAUUCUGUCGACACGGAUACUCAGUUGGAGGAAACUCGACGAAGACUUAACGAGAUGGGCUCGAAGCUGAACAGGCUUCCAGUGGCGGGUGCGGCAGAAGCGCCUCUUCAGCCGCCGUCGACCACGAUGACGGCUACGACACCGACUACAUCGGCGGCGACAGCAGCUGGCGGUUCGAAAACCUGCGAGUACCUUGGCGGUGGAACCUCGUAUCCGCAAACCAGCUGCAAGACUGAAACCAGCGUUACGCAUCGACCGAGCACUUUACAGCGUCCUAAUCGUAAAACAUUUGGCAGCGGCGGUAUUGCCGGCGGUGGCGAGGAAACUGCUUUCACCACUGUUGUGUAUAACUUCAGCGAUGAACAGAUGCCGUAUUUGUCGCGGAUACCCGGCAAUCCCAUCACUCUGAAGCAGUUCAAAGAUUACAUGCCGAAGAAGGGUCGAUACCGAUAUUACUUUGUGACGCCGUGCGAAGAUCUGGAAAUGCAACCGAUUCAGGAAGAAAUUACAGACGACUGCGACUUUUUGCCCCUCUGGAAGGGUAAAGUCAUAGCUCAAAUUAGAGCCAUCGACUGAGCUUAUACAUUUUUUUCAUUUACCCCCCGCAUAUUCCAAGGCUCGUUACUGAUUUUUUUUAUGUAUUUAGGUAUUUAUUUAUUUUUUUUCUUAACAUACCGACCUUGCUACCAAUUUUAUCUACUCCAAUUUUUUGUUCGUAUUUGUAUUUUGUAUUCGUAUUCGUGUAAUCGUGUUCGUUCAUUUUUUAUGUUUUAUUGUUUAGAAGUUUUCUGUUUUAAGUAUUUUGUUUCUCCUGUGUUUCUAUGUAACGACUCCUGCAAGUAUUUCUCUUCUUGUCCGAUUUAUCAUUAUUACCUACAAAUUAGUAAGUUAAAACAGUUAUCGCGCUCAAGACGGAUUUUACGUACGUACAAAUCACGGCUGCUUUUUGCGUUUUUCAAUAUUUUUAACGAUAACGAAUGCGUGAUCUCCUUUACUUAAUUUCAACUUUCUCAAUAUAAUGACUGACUCUGAGUAGAAGCUACUCGCGUACCAUAAUACGAGCGCGCGUAGCGUAUUUUAAUUUACAAAUACUAGUAGCUUAGGCAGGCAUACCUAAUUACCUACUACUAUCACACUGUGUGUGGUGGACUAUAAUUCGUUUAUUUUAUCGUGCGUCUGUGUAUGUAAUAUUAUGUGUAAUCUAUCGUGCUACAUUAAUGUUGAUCAAAUGGUUUUUACGUAAUUUUGUCUUUGUUUUCUAAAAAGAACAAAAUUGUGCCUUGUUUUUUUAUAAUGCGUAAAUGUUAUUUUAAUAUACGAUUUUUUUCUUUU